AUGGGAGACUGUGUAUCUCGUUUUGGGAAGAAAUCGGCAGUUGAACUGGCAAUGGUUGGACUUGAUGGUAGCGGCAAAACAACUAUUCUUUAUAAUCUGAAGAAAAAAGAUUUUUGGAACGUAAAACGAACUGUUGGUUACAAUUUGGAAAAUAUACGAGUGCGAAAUACGACAUUCAAUUUGUGGGACAUUGGAGGUGUAAAAAAUAUUCGCCCCUUGUGGAGGUAUCAUUUUAUAGGGAAGCAUGGAGUAAUAUUCGUUAUUGACAGUUCCGAUGUUCGAAGACUGGAUGAGGCUAUCACUGAAUUGUGGAAUAUAACAAAAGACCCAGUAGCGAAAAAUGUGCGUAUUCUAGUACUAGCAAACAAACAGGACAAAUCCGGUGCCAUAAAGCCCGAUGACAUUAAAGAAAAACUGACAAAAGAAAACACUUUCAAGAAUAUUGAAUGGGAAGUAAUGCCAGCUUCGGCAUUAGCGGGACAUGGUCUCAAAAAAGCGCUGUUGUGGUUUAGACCGCAAACAUGA